UGGCGGGGGGAGAUCGGGGAACUUCCCACGCGCCUGCUCGCUCUGGCAGGCUGGGGUGCCUCGGGGUCUAGACUGCAGCUCCCAGUCGGCGGCGGCGGACGAGGGAGAAGGAGCCCAACAAACCAGGGAGGAGGCUCGUCCGGAGCGGAGCGGCGGAGCGGCGACCCAGCUGCGGGAGGAACCCAGUAUGGUGCUGCCGCCAGAGCUGCCGCCGUUACUGCUGUCGCUGCCGCCGCUGUUACUGCUGUCGCUGCCCUGGGUGCCCACGGAAGCCAGGACCGCGACGGUCGGCGUGCUGGCGCCCCGGGAGGUGAGCGGCCUCCUGGGCGACACGGUGGAGCUGUCCUGCAAACUGCCGCCGCUGGAGCACGAGGUGCAUGUGACGCAGGUGACAUGGACGCGGCAGGACGCAGCGGGGAACGAGCUCAACGUGGCGGUCUUCCACCCCAUACAGGGCGCCAGCUUCCCAGAGCCCGGCCGGUUGGAAUUUGUGGGCGCUAGGCCGGGCCUGGAGCUGCGGGACGGGUCGCUGGCCCUGCGGGGGUUGCGCGCCCAAGAUGAAGCCAACUACACCUGCCGCUUCGCCACGUUCCCCGAGGGCAGCAGGAGCGCACGCACUUGGCUCCGCGUGCUCGCCCAGCCGGAGAACAAGGCCGAGGCUGAGGAGGUUCCACUCAGCCCACUCAGCCCGGAGCCUGUGCCUGUGGCCCGCUGCGUCUCCAGUGAGGGCCGCCCCCCUGCCCAGGUCUCCUGGUCACACCUGGAUGGGAAGACCAAUGAGAGCCAGGUGCCAGGACACCAGCCUGGCACGUACACCGUCACCAGCUUCUUAAUCGCAACACCCUCAAGCCAGACAGAUGGCAAGCCUGUCACCUGCAGAGUGGAACACGAGAGCUUCAAGGAGCCCAUCCUGCUGCCUGUGACUCUCAAUGUGCCUUACCCCCCAGAGGUCUCCAUCUCCGGCUUUGAUGACAACUGGUACCUUGGCCGCAGGGAGGUCGCUCUGAGCUGUGACGUCCGCAGCAAACCGGAGCCCACGGACUAUGACUGGAGCACAACCAACGGGACCCUGCCGCCCUCUGCUGUGGCCCAGGGCUCACAGCUCCUGAUCCAGACCGUGGAUGAGUCCAUCAACACGACUUUCAUCUGCCAAGUCACCAACGCCCUAGGGACUGGCCAGGCAGAACUGCCCAUCCUGGUCAGAGAAGAACCUCCCAACCAGGCACCACAACAAGGCUUGUCUACUCUGGGCAUCGCUUUCCUGAUAGUGGGAGGCCUAGUCUUUCUGGCCCUGCUGGCCUUCCUGAUUCGUUUCUGGCUGUCCAGACGCUCCCGUCGCGACCAACACCGCUCCUCGGCUAAUGGCCAUGUCUCCUAUACGGUUGUUGCGGACAUCAUUGCCAGCUCUUCCGAGGAUCCACCGAAAGAGAACACAAAGUGACAGCGUCAGGACUGCUGGAGAGAGAGACUGGGGCCGGCAAGGGCAUGGACCUUGCAGCUGGACCCUGGCCCCAGGGAAGGAAACUCCCUCCAAAGAGACGGCCACCCUUCUCAGGCCAGACCUCAAGAAUGUCCCAUCCACCCUGCACUGCAGUGGCAGGUGCAAGUGCCCCCACGACCCCUCUCAGGUGCAUUCAUUCACUGGAAGGAAUCACAGCACUCAGGAAAGCUGGUGCACUUACGGUUACAGUUUAUUACAAUGAAGGGAUGAAGUUAACAGUCACGUGAGAAGCCGCACGGGGCACUAUUCGGGAGAGACCCUACACCAGCUCUCAGUUGCACGGACAGCACUGAAUUCUCCCAGCAAUGAUGUGUGACAACACACAGAGUCUCACCAACCAAAGACGCUCACCUGAGCCUCGUUUUCCAGGGUUUUUAUCCGGGGUACAUCAUUGCAGAUGUGGCUGACCAGCCAUGGAGCUGACCUUAGUCUCCAGCACCUCCACAGGUCAGGGCCCCCGCUAUGAAUCACACUGUGAGCAUAGACUCUCUGAUGCCGCCCACAACCCCAGGCAAAAUAAGACUCCCAUCAGCCAGAACACUCCAAGGGCUUAGGGUUACCUCCUGGAGCCAGGGGCAAAGGGCCCAAUCUCUCUUUGGGCAAGAUUAACCCCUUCCUGCCUCAUGGAGCCACACAGACUAUUCCAACUGCCAGAUAAUUUUUAUAAGAAUUUGACCUCUGGCCUUGAGCUUCGAAAUCUCUGUAUCCAUGGCAUCCCUUGGUUACAAGAAAGAGCUGCCAACCUUCGUCCAGAAGAGAACCCAAGUCUGGAAUUCAGCUGCUUAGAGCUGUUCAAGGAGCAGGAACGAUGGCGGACAUGAACUUGAAGGAUGUGAGAUCCUAGCACUUUCUGUCAAGACUCAGGCCACGGGAGAUCAUCUGUAGCAGCACGCUGGGCUGGACAGGAACCCGGGGAACGGGAGCUAGUCAUCCACCAAGGAAAGCAAAGUGUGAAAAACAAGAAGGAAGAGGUCCUGGGGGAGCAGAAGCUACAGCUGUUCAAGACACAAGACAGCCCUCAGACCAGGAAGGAUACAGCCCAAGGUCCCGGAGGCAGAGGUGCUCAGAUGCAACAGGUCUGUUUCCUAUUUUAUAACAGACGCUGAUCUCGGGAGCAGGAACCAGAAUUCCUCUUACAGUGAGACCUGUCUGUUGGGGAAGUACUUGGCAGGAUGUAAGGCCGUGGGCCAGGGUGCUAAACUGGAGAGUGAGGCAUGAGCUGCUGUGCAAGAGAAAACAAGUUCUUGGGGUCUUCUCUGGAUGGAAAGGAGAGUGUGAACAGAGAAGAAUGGGAGGAGUGAGGGGCAAGGGCGUGGCAAGGCCCAUAGGGCUCCACAGUGUCAGGGAGACGUUGCUGCUACAUAAACCCCUGUCCAUCCCCAGCCCCAAUAUUAAAGUUAAUUUAUUACAUCUG